AUAUCUUCCAUCCUACCCAACUAUCUUAAACCCAGAUCUUCUGUCUUCUAAACUUGACGCAACUCUGGACUAUCUCGACUGUCAAAUACGAAAGAAACUUAGCGAAACGAAACAUAGACUCAACAUGUCUCGACGCUGUUAUGUCGAGACCAGCCCCGAUGGACGUCCUCAGCUCGUAACCAUCAAGCGCUCGCGAUCUUACCACCACUCCCACCGCCAUCCAUGCGACUACUACAAAGUCAGCCGUGAAGAAUGGAGAACUCUCGUACGACAGAACGAACUUCUCGAUGAGGCCAACCAAGCAUACGCUUCCCAAAACGAAACCCUUCGAUCUCGACUCCACAGCUCUGAAGCAGAGACUCAUCGACUAUGCCACGUCGUCAUCCCCUCUCUCAACGACCAAAUCGCCAAACUCUCCCGCGAGAACGAGUGUCUUCGUCGUGCAGCCGAAAAACCCUGCGAUCCUCCAGUUCACACUUAUCACUUCGAGCUAGAGAAGCUGCGCACCAAGAUAUGCAGACUUGAAAGGGAGAACAAAACUCUACGAGAUGAUAAUGGAGAUCUUCGCUUUAGAGUGCGCGAGCUAUCUAAGCAGAUUGACCAGAGUCUCAGUCGCAGAGUUGCAGACUUGACUAAGCAGAUUGAGUACUGGACAAACCAAUCUGGAUUCUGGAAGAAGAAGUACGAUGAACUACGGGAGCGACAUCUUGGUCUGAUUACGAUUGUUGAGUCCAAGACUGAGAAGACGGAGUAUUACGAUGAUGUUUUGAAGCGGCGGCGCGUUUGUUAAUUUCUUAUUUGGUCCUUCUUUAUACCCUCAGAUGGUUUCGUUAUGAGCAUCAUGAUAUUAUUCAAAUAGAACAAUGGUCAAGGUCUAGACGGGCCCUUGAUCCCCCCUUUGUUAACACCGCCAUCAUCUGGCACUAUUCCCUUGCGCUAUUCUUUUCUUCCACAGAGACUUUCUUUUUUUCUUCUUCUUUGUUACUAAGUUGGAUAUACCCCUUUCUGAAUGAAAGUUAGGUUUCAGGUCAUACAAACUCAACGUAACCUAUAUCUUUUGCAAUGAUUACAUUCUACUAGAGGAGGAGGCAUGGCAAUACGUUGGACGGAGUUUGUUCAUACACAGAUAUCCUAUG